AUGUCCCGGUCAUUUUUAGUAGACACACUCAUCAGUGAGACGAAGGACUGCAAGAAGACAGAAAUGUCUAGUGACCUCAAUCCGUAUACGAACUUAAUUGGGCAUCAUAUGGAUGCACGCCCUAAGUUUUUACCUUACCCAUACGCGGGGAAUUUAAACAAUCUUCUGAGCCUUGGUUUACAACAUCCCCAAAGAUCACCGGAUUUGUUCCGACCAUUUUUGGAGCACCUCAACUUUCGAUAUCCGUUGCUGCAUCAGAUGCCGCGACAAGAUUUCUUUGAACCAGUCCAAGAGCCGAGACCAUUCGAAGGUUAUUUGAAGACUGAAGAACAAGAGCCAAUCAACUUUGUAAACAAAAGGAAGAAAUCUAUAUCUCCUUAUUUACACCACCCGUACAAAUCAACAGCUACGUCACCAGUGAAAAGUCAAGGUCAACGGUCGCCGUCCUUGUCUAGCGACAGCAGAAAUGGUACUCCGAGUCCUCCCCUCGCUCAUCCUGAAGAACUCCUGCCCGGUUACUCAAAAGACUUGAAACGUCUGCCGCUGAAAGAAGAUUCAAGUAAACGCAUCCGAACAGCGUUUACCGGUACUCAACUAUUGGAACUCGAAAGAGAAUUUUCCAUGAACAUGUAUUUGUCAAGACUGAGAAGAAUCGAGAUCGCGUCGCGAUUGAAGCUGUCAGAGAAACAAGUGAAGAUUUGGUUCCAAAACCGCCGCGUGAAGUUGAAGAAGGAAGAAACUCCGAUGAGUUCCAGCGAGCGAUCCAAGAAGUGUUGCUGUUCAAAAAGUUCUUGCUCAUCAAAAAGCCAGGAGUCGUGUGACAAUGAACAAGAGCAAAUAGACGUCGUGAGUGACAGCGACAGGAGUUUUGAAGCGCAGAAUCUUUCUCAGUAUUCUUAA